CGCUUUCAGUCUGUUCUCGACAGUUAGGCGCAGCGGUUGUGUUUUUCAUUCCCUACAGCGCAUCAGCUGCCGGCGCCUCAGUCACAACACUUUCAAUUGCAUUUAUAUGCAGAAACUCUUUGUAUGAGCUCAUACAGUGUCGUGAAGCGGUGGAGGAGAGUGCGAAAAGUGAAUUCAUCUUCCUGGCAGCAGCAAUUUGUUUACUUUAAUUCAAUUAUUAUCAACGCGCGCCUGUUCUAGUGAAAGUAUUGCCUUGACCGUCAGACAUACAUAUGCAAAUUUUCGCUUGUAAUUGUAUUAGUGACCACUGAGUGCCUCCGCUUGACUAUCCGUGCGUGUGUGUGUGUUUGUGUAAAGUGCUGUGUUUACUGCCAUAUGCGAAUAACACAAACUGCAUAGCUGUAAAGCUGACGAAAAGAAUAAGUGUGCAAGGAGUCGGAAGAGAACUGCCAACAGGUUGAAAAGCAUGGUGGUCAAGGAAGUGCCGCUGCACGAGAAUCUCAGCAUGGAGAAUCGUCACGGCAACGCCACGCCGAAUGUGGCAAGCAACAAUGCAACGAAUCCAGUGACGACAACAUUCUCCAAACGCUACAGCGUCUCCCUGAUGACAGUCGUCAUCCUCGCCUCGUUCUUCUUGUGCACAAUGCUUGCAGUUGGCUUCAUUGUCUAUAAUUUUGCCACCUGCGGUCAAUUUGGGCCUGAAAAUGGUGAGGAAAUUGUUUGCACCAGCAUUCGAUCGCACAACUCGAAGGCAACGCAUGGCGGCGACGAUGGCCCCAAAUACGAUCAGGAUGUGCGUUUGCCACGCUCUGUGCAACCACUGAAGUACAACAUCACGCUGGUGCCACAGAUGGAGGGCAACUUUAGCUUCACAGGCAUCGUUCAGAUCCGUGUGCGUGUUCUCGAAGAUUGCUACAACAUCACCAUGCAUGCCGAGGAUCUGAAUAUUACACGCAACGAUGUCGCCGUCUAUCGUGUGAUAUCGAAAGGAAAUAAGGAUGAAUGGGAACCGGAUAGUUUGCGCAUUCACCAACAGUAUCUGGUGGCUGCCAAGCAGUUCUUCAUCAUCCAGUUGUACGACAAGUUACAACGCGGUGCGGAGUAUGUGGUGCACAUUCGCUUCUCGGGCAUCAUCAAGGACUAUCUGCAGGGCUUUUAUCGCAGCUCCUACGAGGUGCUCAAUGAGACGAGAUGGGUUGCUUCCACACAGUUCCAGGCUACAGACGCUCGACGCGCCUUUCCCUGCUUCGAUGAACCUGCGCUUAAAGCCAACUUUACGCUGCACAUUGCGCGACCACGUCACCUCACCACCAUCUCCAACAUGCCCAUCGUAUACAGCAACAAUCACGAUUCCAUACCCAACUAUGUGUGGGAUCACUUUGCCGAGUCGCUGCCCAUGUCCACCUAUCUGGUGGCCUAUGCCAUCUCUGACUUUACGCACAUCUCGUCGGGCAACUUCUCCGUUUGGGCGCGUGCUGAUGCCAUACGUUCAGCGGAGUAUGCUUUGAGUGUUGGGCCCAGAAUACUUGAUUUCCUGCAGAACUUCUUUGGCAUUGCUUUCCCCUUGCCCAAGAUUGACAUGAUUGCGUUGCCAGAGUUCCAGGCAGGCGCCAUGGAGAACUGGGGCUUGAUAACGUUCCGUGAAACCGCGAUGCUUUAUGAGCAGGGCGUGGCCACGGCCAGCAAUAAGCAGCGUGUGGCUUCUGUGGUGGGACAUGAGUUAGCUCAUCAAUGGUUCGGCAAUCUGGUUACGCCUAGCUGGUGGUCAGACAUUUGGUUGAACGAAGGCUUUGCCAGCUACAUGGAAUAUCUGACUGCCAAUGCUGUGGCACCCGAAUGGAAGUUGCUCGAUGAAUUUGUAGUCAACGAGCUGCAAACCGUGUUCCAACUGGAUGCAUUGACCACGUCGCACAAGAUCUCGCAGGAAGUGGGCAAUCCACAGGAAAUUUUCGAGCUAUUCGAUCGCAUUUCAUAUGCCAAGGGAUCGACUGUGAUACGCAUGAUGAGUCACUUCCUCACCGACACAGUUUUCCGUGGAGGAUUAAGCAAAUAUCUGCGUGAGAUGGCAUAUAAAUCCGCUACGCAGGACGAUCUGUGGCGCUUCCUCACCGAUGAGGCCAAGGCAUCUGGUUUGCUGGACAGCAGCACGAGUGUCAAAGCCAUAAUGGACACCUGGACUUUGCAGACUGGUUAUCCGGUUGUGAAGAUUUCGCGUCAUCCCAAUUCAGAUGCCAUUCGCCUGGAGCAAGUGCGUUUUGUCUAUGGCAACAGCAGCAAGUCGGAUGAUGGUUUGCUUUGGUGGAUACCCAUCACAUACACCACUGCAACCGAGCUGAACUUUAACAACACUCGUCCCCUCACUUGGAUACCGCACACCAAGACCUACGAGCUGCAGAAUCGCAAUCUAUCAACUGCCAAAUGGUUCAUCUUCAACAUACAGCAGACGGGUUACUAUCGUGUUAACUACGAUCUGGAUAAUUGGCGUGCCAUCACCGCACAUCUGAUGGAUGAAGUGCACUUUGCAGAGAUUGUGCCCGCGAAUCGUGCACAGUUGAUCGAUGAUGUUAUGAAUUUGGCUAGAGGAUCGUAUCUAUCCUACGAUACAGCCAUGAAUCUGACGCGUUAUUUGGCACACGAAACAAAUCAUGUGCCCUGGAAAGCAGCCAUCACGAACUUUAACUUUAUCGAUUCCAUGUUUGUCAAGUCAGGUGACUACGAUCUGCUUAAGAACUAUUUGCUGAAACUUCUGGUUCGCGUAUACAACGAAGUUAGCAAAGAAUUGCCGAGUGACGAUGAAAACAUUCCGCUGUUGUUAAAACGUGCCGAAAUUCUUGGCAUGGCCUGUCAUUUGGGUCUUCAGAGCUGCAUUUCUGAGAGCACUAAGCAAUUCCAAAACUGGGUACAAACACCCAAUCCCGAUACCUACAAUCCAAUCAAUCCGAAUAUGCGCGGCAUUGUCUACUGCUCGGCCAUUCAGUAUGGCACGGAAUACGAGUGGGACUUUGCCUUUGAGCGGUACUUGAAGACAAAUGUGCCCGCCGAGAAGGAGAUACUACUGAGCGCCUUGGGCUGUUCCAAGGAACCUUGGCUGCUCUAUCGCUAUUUGCGCCGCUCUGUUGCCGGCCAACACAUACGCAAACAGGAUGUAUUCCGGGUAUUUGCCGCUGUCUCCAAUACUGUGGUGGGACAAGAGAUUACCUUUGACUAUCUGCGCAAUAACUGGAAGCACAUUAAUGAAUACAUGGGUUCGCAGAUAUCCAACAUUCAUACGUUGCUUAAGUUUGCCACGAAGCGCAUGAACUCAAAGUUCCAACUGGCAGAGUUGGAGGAGUUAGUCCACGAUGCACACUGGGCAUACGACAGGCCAAUUCAACAGAUCAUGGAGCAGGUGGACAUACGCGUUGAUUGGAUGAAUCGCAACUACAAAUCGAUUGUCAAAUGGUUGCAGCGGGAAUUUGGCAUCAGUGCGUAGAUCUCCAGUCCAUCCAAAGUGUGUGGCUUGACUGGAUUCGAGCUGCAGCAGUAUUAGAAGGGACAGGCAGAGAGAUCGAGAGAUACCGAUCGUGUAUUUAAGUGUAUCUUUUAUUAGUAUUUUAUAUGUAUGUGCGUCCAAGAGCCAUAAAGCCAAAGAAACAAUUGCAUUGAGAAAUCGUCGUCACAGCAGCAGUUUUUUGUAACUUUACUUUUAACCAAUUGUACUUUUAUUUCGUAUAUAUGUGUAUUCUAUUGUAAUUUGUACUUAAAUGUAAAAUGGAAUAAUCAA